AUGGCGGCGGGCGGUGGCGGCGCGCUGGGGGAGGCGUGCAGGCACCACCAGCAGCUGGGCGCCUGCGGGUCGCGCGCCAAGUACCGCGAGGGGCGGCGGCCCAGGGCCGUCAAGGUGUAUACCAUCAACUUGGAAUCUCGUUAUUUAUUGAUCCAGGGAGUUCCUGCGUUGGGUGUCAUGAAGGAAUUAGUGGAGCAGUUUGCCUUGUACGGUGCCAUAGAAGAGUACCAUGCCCUCGAUGAAUAUCCUGCAGAGCAAUUUACUGAAGUUUAUCUUAUAAAAUUCCAGAAUCUCCAAUGUGCGAGGGUGGCCAAGAAAAAAAUGGAUGAACGGAGUUUCUUUGGGAGUUUGCUACACGUGUGCUAUGCGCCAGAAUUUGAAACAGUCCAAGAAACUAGGGAGAAGCUGCAGGACAGAAGGAAGUACAUAGCAAAAGCAACAAAUCAAAGAGAUUGCUUUCUGUUGAAGAAAACAGAGGGGCCUAGAAAGACCAAGUCUGACAGUCAGUGGAGCACAUCAGCAUCGUAUGCAGCUAGUCACUGGGAUCCAUCCUGCUUUCCAGAUUCUCACGGGUUGUCCCAAAACACGGAAUGUCCUUCUGGCAAUCACAGUCAGGGCCUAUUGACUUUUCCCCAGUGUGGCAGCCACAGUGCUGAAGUCUCUGGGAACUUCGGUCAGAGAUCCCUAUCUCUGAAGACACAUCCAGGAGGAUGUGCUUCACCACUGCCUUUAAUUCAGCAAAGAACAGUUCCAGUUGAUAAUGGAACUGACAGGUUUAUGCCUCGUACAACUCACCUGCAGGAACGUAGGAGGAAGAGAGAAGAGGGUAACAAAUCUGCCCUCAUUGAAACAAAUGUGGACAGUACUGACAUCGUUAUUGGUCCACAGCUACCAGAAAUACCUAAAGUGGAUAUGGAUGAUGAUUCACUGAAUACUUCAGCCACCUUGAUUCGAAAUAAACUGAAAGAGGUAGCAGAUUCUGUUUCGAGUACACCUGUGGAAAAACCAGGCACUAAUGCCACCAAGCCACCAGUAAAGCAGAGAAGAAGAAUAUAGAUACUGCUGGCAGCAUCUUUCUACAGUUCUUUAUUGAGGAUAUAAUUUAAAAUACUUACUACUUUUUUAAUUUAAAAAACAAAAUUGUUUUAUACUGCAUUUCCAAGCAAUUCCUUGUUAAAAACAGUCCCAGUAUUAAAAACUAAACCAGUGUAAUACUGUAGCAACCUUGUCCUGUGUAUUUAAAGAACUGCAAUUAGUUAAAGUAAUAAAAGCAAAUUCUAUUUAUUCCACAGCUUUUACAGUAAAGGAAUAUUGAAAUUUAAGAUAUCAA